AUGACGAGCAGAGAGACCUGCGGCUUCCCCUUGCCAAUGGAUAGGAAGCAUAUAGACAUCCCUCUCCUGCCCCCUACCUUGUACAUCAUUCAGAAGUGCGUCAACCCGGGGCCAUUGAAUAAAGAAGAGGAAGAAGAGAAUUAUGUUGUAGUGCUCCCUGAAAAGUAUCCCAGACCUACAUUUAAGCAUCUGACUCACCUCCUGGCCUUUAUGUAUGCUAUAGAGGAGAUCAACAACAGCACAGAGCUUUUACCCAACAUCACUCUAGGAUAUCACAUCUAUGAUGCAUAUCAGAAAUUGGUGGCAUUUGUUGGACACUUGUUAUCGUCUACAACUUACACCAUUGCAGAAAUCACUCAGCUGUAUGGAUACCCUCAGCUAAACUAUUACCUUAAAAACAUUCACCUGAAAAUGGCAUCUGGAGAGGAUUUUUUUUUCACCAAAGAUGGAAAUAUUCCAGGAAAGUUCGAUAUUCUGAACUUGAUUAUUCAUAAAAAUGGAGCAGUUAAUAGGAUCCAUGUGGGGAGAUUCUUACCAGAUACUGAUCAGCUGAUCAUUAAUGACACUGCCAUUGCCUGGGCCCCUAAUUUUGGAAAGACCCCCACAUCAGUGUGCAUGGAACCGUGUUCUUCUGGUCACCGAAGAGCUCAUCAGAAUGGGAGGCCAAAAUGCUGCUUUGACUGUAUUCCCUGCUCUGAGGGGGAAAUUUCAAAUUAUACAGAUGUGGAAAACUGUGUAAAAUGUGCUGAAGACCAAUGGCCGAAUCCAGCUAAGGAUCAGUGCAUUAAGAGAGUCAUUGACUUCCUGUCCUAUGGAGAUCUCUUAGGAUAUAUACUGUCUGGAUGUGCCUCAGUCUUUACUGUUUUGACUGCUGCAGUGUUUUUGGUCUUUAUAAAACACAGAAGGACUCCUAUAGUUCGUGCCAAUAAUCAGAACAUCAGCUACAUCCUACUUAUGGCUCUUCUGAUGUCCUUCCUUUGCUCUUUCAUCUUUAUUGGACAACCUACUGGGGUUACCUGCUUGUUGAGACAAACUACAUUUGUGUUUGUCUUCUCUGUUGCUAUUUCUUCAGUUUUAGGAAAAACAAUAAUGGUUUUAAUUGCUUUUAAAGCCACAAAAAUAGAAAAGAAGUUUAGAAUGUUGGGAGGAAUUAACAUUUCGCUGGGUUUGGUUUUUAUUUGCUCAUUUGGGGAAUUUGUAUUAUGUGUAAUUUGGCUAAUAAUAAAUCCACCACAUGUAGAGUCUGAUAAUAAAACUGUACCAGGAAAAACAAUUCUACAAUGUAAUGAAGGUUCCAUCAUAAGUUUCUAUCUGGCAGUUUCUUACAUUGGUGUAUUAUCCCUUAUUAGCUUUGCUGUCGCUUUCAUUGCUCGCAAGUUACCAGACCGUUUCAAUGAGGCGCAGCACAUCACCUUCAGCAUGCUGGUGUUCUGCAGUGUCUGGGCCUCCUUCAUCCCAACAUACCUGAGCACCAAAGGCAAACACAUGGUUGCAGUGGAGAUAUUUGCCAUCCAGGCCUCUGCAGCAGGAAUGUUAAUGUGUAUAUUUACUCCAAAAUGCUACAUUAUUUUGCUUCAACCAGAACUCAAUGUUAGAGGAAAGCCUACUGCUAAAAUAUUGUCACACAUGGAAAAUCACACGCCACAUUGUUAA